AUGUCUAGGAAAAACAACAUCACACCAACAGGGUCGGCCAAAGUGGAUGUAGGAUCAGAGGUUGUGGCUGUGAGGAGUGACAAGGUGGUGCUCGAUAGUACCAUCGUUCCAGCAGAGAUUGUCAUCUGUAAUGGCAAGAUAGUUGAUGUUCUACCAAAGAGAAGCUGGGUCCGACCCAGUGGAGAGAAGGUGCUAGAUGUUGGAGACCUCGUGGUCAUGCCAGGGAUUGUAGACCCUCAUGUGCACAUAUGUGAGCCUGGGCACUUGGCUUGUGAAGGAUUUACAUCAGUGACUAAGGCUGCAGCUGCAGGAGGCAUCACCACCAUUGUUGACAUGCCACUAUAUAGCUGUCCUCCAACCACAACUUUGGCUGGCUUGGAUAGCAAGCUGCUGUCUGCCAGGGGGCAGUGCCAUAUUGAUGUAGCUUUUUGGGGUGGCAUCAUUCCUGGAAAUCAGGCCGAGCUCCUGCCAAUGCUGAAAGCUGGUGUCCCUGGAUUCCAGUGCUUCCUGAUGGCCACUGGAGUGGAGGACUUUCCCCAUGUAUGUCUGCAGGACUUGCAUGUGGCAAUGAACGAACUGCAAGACACAGAGUGUAUGCUCCUGUUCCAUGCUGAACAGAAGCCAAACCACUGGACACCUGUACUACAGGACGCCAUAGAGUACAGCACAUUCUUGGACUCAUACCCUGAUACUAUGGAAGUGGAAGCCACCUUCACCAUUGCUGAACUCUGUCUCCAGUACAAGGUGCCGUGCCACAUCAGCAACCUGUCCUCUGCACAAGCCUUGCCCAUUAUCAAGGAUGCACGCCAAAAAGGAGCACCAAUCACUGUAGAAACCACCCACCACUACCUCAACCUGUCAUCUGAAUGCAUUCCUCCAGGAGGCACAUACUACAAAUGCUGCCCUCCUAUCAGGGAGAAAAGUAACCAGGAGCAGUUAUGGGCAGCUUUGCAGAAAAGACACAUAGACAUGGUUGUCUCAGCCCACACUCCAUGUUCCCCGAAGAUGAAAGAUCUGAGCAAUGGAGAUUUCCUCAAGGCCCAAGAAGGGAUUGCCUCACUACAGUUUGGUCUCCCUCUCUUCUGGACUUCUGCCAAACCCAGAGGGUUUUCUUUACAUGAUGUAGUGCGACUGAUGUGCAAAAAUCCUGCUGUUCUGAGCAGACUGGAAGACCGCAAAGGGUCACUCAGCCCAGGGAUGGAUGCAGAUUUAGUAAUCUGGAAUCCAGACAAGGAGUUUCAGGUGAAUAAAGAUAUCAUUCAUCACAAGCAUAAGCUGACACCCUACUUGGGGUUCCAGAUUCGUGGUGAGGUCUUUGCAACUCUUGUCCGUGGCAGGCUGGCUUACCUGAAUGGGAAAUUUGCCCCCAAACCACAAGGAGACCUGCUUGCAACUCAGAGAAAAAUGCCAACGAGAGUCGCUUCUCCUUAUUACUAG